AUGGACAGAUUUAGUGCUGAAACUUAUGUUCUUACUGGUCCUUUGAGAAAUUUUUCCAUCCGGGUUAAAUUAUUCCGUCAACAAACGAAGGCAGAAGAGCAGAAUCUGGAAGAGGAGUAUGUGUUCCACUGGCAGGAAAAGAUUUUCAGUCCAAAGGAAAAGGCUCUUUACAGAGACCGGAAGAAUUGUAUGACAGAAACACAAUUACUUUACAAUGAAGAGAUGAACCGCAUCAGCCAAAUGAACAAAGUUUCAGGCUUUUUAUUGCUGGAGAAAUCCGUAAGUUAUCUCUUAAUAGUUAUUUUAGUGGGUGCAACUAACUUCGAAAAUCCUGGAUUGUAUGUACAGUAUUACCUUGAAUUACCACAAAACUGGAAAGCGUAUGAUCAUAGGCUGUUAUGUGGAAGCUCUCAGAUAGCCUCUGUCAAAAAUCAUGGAAACGAAAAAAUAAGUAUUUUUUCGCACCCGAUCGAAUUCGACCUGACAUAUAAACCGGAAAUAAGCAUCGGCUUAACGAAAGGAUCAGUCUCAAUAUGGCCUACACUGUAUUUUGAAGUCAUGUCACUAGACUUUUGGACUCGGAGUCGAACUGAAGGGUAUGGAUUUACAGAACUUCCGCGAAUUGCCGGUACUCAUUCAAUUGGAGUGAGUUGUUGGCGCCCAGUUGGAGAUUCAGUUGUAGAGGAAUUAAGAAGAUUUUUUACAGGAGGAACGUGCCAACUAGAAGACCCUACGUUUACGAAAAUACCUGGAUCAUUCGAAAGCACUAAUCUGGUGAAAUAUGGAUUUCGAUCAAGAAGCACGGGAAAACUAUUUCUGCGUCUAAACUGUGCAGUUCAAAGCUGGUCUAAUUUAUACAGGGCGGUGAACAGAUGUACAAUAACAGGUGAUGAAAAGCAAAGGGCAGCACUUGCACACAUGGAUGUUUCAACGAUAAUAAAAGCAUACCAAAAAGCUCGUUCCAAAUUACUGGAAACCAGAAAAGUUAUAGAAGGUUUGGAAAAACUAAAUUUAUAG